GCGUGCAGCAAAGAAAGGCCUUUGGGCCAUACAAGAGGAAACCCAUCAGGACUCACGGCAGCCACCGAGCCACGCAGGGAUUCCAGAGAAAACGAAGCCAUCGAUCGCGCCGCACACGAAAAGGAAACGAAGCGAUCGAUCCUGAUCCCCGGACGCGUCAGUUCGUCUUCGACCCCUGCCCAGUCCUUGUCGCCUCGGCUUCGACUGCCCAGUCCAAGCCGCCGAUGAUCCGAUCCUCCGAAUCUCCGCUAGCACACAAACCUUGAUAGCAGCGAGAGUGCGAGACACAGGAUAGCAAAUUAGCAAUUCGCGAGCAGCGCAGAGCCUCUUUCAGUCUUCAGACUUCAGUUCAUUGUCCAGACCAAUCAGCGAGACACGGACACGUUCGCGGUUUGUCGUCUCGUCAGUUUCAGUUUCCGGGGCCGUCGCCAUAAUACGCGCAUACAUACAUCGCCGAUUUAACCGAUCUGAGUGUUUGUUAUCAUGUCUUCCUUGUCGAGAAAGCGCCCAGAUGGUAACACUAAAAGGAAAAGAGCAAAACAAGUGGCGGCCUUGAUACAAUCACAGAGGGGAGAUAUUCACAAAUUUUUUAAAUCUAAUACUGGUGCUUCAAUAAACCCGAAUGAUGAGUUGGCGAUAGUUGCCGUCGAGGAAGAGGCAGGGGCAAGUGGCUCUUAUGAGCAAGAGGAAAAUAUUGACACCAAAAUUGGCGAUAGCAAUGUAAGUGGCUCUGAGAAUGCAGCUAAUUCGACAGAUCCUAGUGUUGAUGAACAACCAUUUUAUACUUCUGAUAUUUAUGAUCCAAGAAAUUGGGAUAAUCUUGAUAACAGAGCAAGAGACAUAUUAGCUGAGAAAGGACCUUCGAGAGAGGAACCAAUGGAGUACCCUCGAGACAACGCAUCUAGACAUUUUUCGUAUGCUCAUUAUUACAGGAGUUUAAGCAACGGAGAGAAACAUGAUAGAAAAUGGCUUGUUUAUUCAACAGAUGUUGACAAAGUUUUCUGUUUUUGUUGUAAGAUUUUCAAGUCUAGUGCUAGCAGGAGUCAGAGUUCCUUAGCACAUGAUGGAUUUAGUAAUUGGAGUCAUAUCAGUGAGAGGCUUAAAGAACAUGAAAAUAGCAGUGAGCAUAUUAAUAACAUGAACAAGUGGAAUGAAUUGAGGCUUAGAUUACGGAAGGAGGAAACUAUUGACAAAGAAUUGCAACAUCAAAUCACAAAGGAGAAAGAACGGGUGAGGCAAGUUUUGUUAAGAAUAAUAGCAAUUGUGAAAUAUCUUGGAAAACGCAACUUGGCUUUUCGAGGAAAUAGUGAGCAGCUUUACAAGGAUGAUAAUGGGAAUUUCUUAGCUUGUGUUGAGAUGAUUGCAGAAUUUGACAUGGUAAUGCAAGAUCACCUUCGACGUAUUCAGAGCAGCGAAAUCCAUCAUCAUUAUCUCAGUCACAAAAUUCAGAAUGAGUUGAUAUCUCUUUUGGCUUCGGACAUCACACGUUCUAUCAUAAAGGUUGUUAAGGAUGCCAAGUAUUUCUCUAUUAUCCUUGAUUGUACUCCAGAUGUCAGUCAUCAAGAACAAAUGACUUUAUUAGUCCGAUGUGUUAAUUUAUCUGAUGGCAAGAUAAAAAUUGAGGAGUAUUUUUUGGGGUUCUUGAAGGUGGAUGACACUUCUGGCUUGGGGCUUUUUAAGGUACUGCUUGAAUCUAUGGAAUCAUUUGGCCUAAAUAUUGAAGAUAUAAGGGGCCAAGGCUAUGACAAUGGCUCUAAUAUGAAAGGUAAAGACAAAGGGGUACAAUCUAGGUUACUUCGGAUGAAUCGAAGAGCACUCGGAUAUGCCAUGUGCUUGCCAUAG